UUUCAAACACGCCGUCUACCAACUUCUAAUACUAAAUUCGAGACAAUGGUGCAGCGGAAACUUGACUACUACUUUCAGCGCAGAUCAAUUGAGCCAAAGAUAUCAUCAUCAUCAUCGUGCACCCUGUCCUUUCUAGACUUUCCUUAUCACGUUCGUCACCGCAUCUAUGUUCUCGCUGGGCUCGUGCGGUUUUGCCCCAUCAACCUCAACCAAGAAGGACCCCGCAGUCGAAUCUGCAUCAGCAUAAAUGAUGAACCUUCUGAUUACGCCUGCUUUUUCGAGUCUAGAAAGUUUCUGGGACGUCUCUAUACGAUCGACUGCAUACCCGGCUGCUAUUGCCCGCCAUUUCCCUUUGCCCUCCUAUGCGUCUCUCGAGCCAUUUCCGAGGAGGCGCUGCGGAUUCUCUAUUCGGAGAACUCGUUCACUACUAGCAGGAGUGAUUCAUGGGGUUUGAAGCCUCUGCAGAACCUCAGUCCCUCUACGUUAUCAUGUCUUCGCACAUUGACCAUCCGUCUGAACACUUGUCAGUGUUUCUACCGGCAACGAUUUAUUUUCUUGGAAAACCACCAAAACGUAGACUCUCAGCCUCUAUUUCAGUGUCACCCCUGGUGCCAACAGUAUGGGCACCAUGAUCGACCUCUUCGAAGUCGGGCGAGGCAACAUGCGACUCUUUUACAGGAAUGGAAGGCUGUUGUGAACAGACUAGCUAUCCACUGUCACCUAGAAUUAUUGCGCCUUGACCUGGUCUGCGAUACCGAAGACAUUGAGACUGCUCAUCACGUCAUCGAUAGCUUGUCGCCCAUCCAGAACCUCAGAGCUUGCUCCAUUCGCCUGAGCCAAAAGCCGAGCUGGGAGCAUUCUGCCCUUGCACAACGGGCCGUCUCUCGCCUACUGGGUCGCCUGCCUGAGCAACUUCCACAGAAUAAGCUAAACACAUAUCAUCUUCCAGCAGAAAUACUUAUACGCAUCCUAGAGUAUUCAGAGCUUGUCGCGCCCUUUGAUCUCGAAUGGAGCCCCGACCGUGGUCUGGUGCCCUUCGACUGCUGCAAGGAAUGCACGGAAACAUUGGAUUGUUGCACGUGCUCUCAUUACCACGGCUCCUAUUCUGGGAGCUGUACAUGUUGGAGGAUGCCAUUGUCUAUACUUCUUGUCAGUCGCCAAGUCAAUGAUAUCGCCAAGACCAUAUUUUUUCAGCGGAAUCGUUUUAUCGUUCUACCAAGAGGCGGCAGACUUAAUGACAUGCUGUCUUGCGAAGACGAAUGUCCUCCGCUCAUACAGAUGUUUCAAAGACUGCCACCUGAUACUACAUUCCUCCUUCGCUCAAUUGGCCUUGUCUUCCCGUCUCCCCCGUCCGAGAUAGAUUCUCCAUUCGCAAACGUAUUGGGCAAGUGGGAAGAGACCGUCAGACUACUCGCCGCCGCGUGUGAUACCCAAAAGCUCAGCCUCGCUCUAUUCAUUGGCCCUGAAUAUUUGAACAGGGAAUGUAAAUGGGAGCUAUCUAGACGCCCAUCAAGCCCGUCGCUUCAGGCCCUAACAGUUCGCCUAAGAGAGGUACAGGGCCUCCAAGACCUCUUCAUCUAUAUAAAAUGGCCAAAGUACACCGCAUGGGAUGGCUCGGUCAGAUACUCUGCUGCAUUAGAAAAAGAGGUUCUUGGACCGGGCUACGACUCCAAGAUCAGAGGGAAGUGGAUUCAUGUCGCUCGAUUAUGGUACGAUGGAGAAACAAGAGAAGGGCGCUCUGUCUUCGCGCCAGAUGGCCGCAGAAUCUGGCCAAGACCUUACCAUGAAGACGCCUACGGUCUACUACACGUUCGUCAAAUUUACACUCAUGCAUAAUCUCAUAAUUCAUGUAAUGGAUACGGGGUAGUGGGAGGAGGAUAGACACCAAACUUGCCCCGCGUUGGUCUGAUUGUGGCCCCUGUCGCGCGGAUACCGCCUCUGGGAUUACCUGGUAGCGGUGAGCUGGAUUGGCAGUCUUCUUGACGACAUUCUUCCAUCAUAUUUAAACAAACACUUGAGAGAGCAAAGGGAGGGAAGCGCGACACUUUAUUGAUGGAAUGAGGGUCAUGUCUCGUAUCUAGAUAUCGUCAAGGCUUUUUUAAUGCCAGGAGCUGACUAGUCCGCUGAGUCAUUCAGUACAUGACACUGUUGCUCUCGUCUACCAAGUCGCGCUAAUUAGCCAUCUGAUUAUCUACCGACGGUCGCGUCCGCUCCCGUAAGCACGUCUCCAGAGUAAAUCUAAGCUACAAGGCAACUUCUAGUUAUUGGGCACUGAGCUAGUCACUAAUAGCGUUGUGGCAUGGAUCUCAGUACUAACAUAGCACUGAUAAAUACAAGACGCCAAGACAAUGUGACCAGGAUGAUAAUCAUCCGAUUGUAGCAGUAUUGCUAAUCUGGGG